AUCAUUCAAUCUUGUAAGAUGAUGGGAUUAAAUGCUAAAGUGUGUUGUGAUUAGUGAGUUAAAUUAAAUCAAAAUUAAGUUGGAAAGGUGUACCUAAGUGAAUAAAAUAAAUAAAUAAAAUUAAUUAGCUGGAAAAUAAAAUUUUUAAAGCUUUUAAAAAGUUCUUGAACUGUUAUAUUUUUUAUAAAUUUUCCACGUCAGUCAAAGAAAGAACAAUUUUUUUUUAAAUUUCCUAACAUACAUAAAAUAUUAUUUUAAAUCGACACUCAACCGUGAAGUUCCAAAAUUAAUUCUGUGCGCCAAUGUCAGAAGUGCAAAUUGAAACAGUUUAAUAUUUCAAGUCGAAGUAUUAAGAUUAAAUUUCAGUAAUGGAGUGUUUAUAUCAACAAUGUACAAGUACAACUACGGGACUAAAUCAAUACCUAACCCUUGCAUUAAAUUAUAUUACACUGUCGCAAUGCUCUAUUUUGCCCCCUGAUACGUGGCCAGAAGAUUACGGAGAAAUCGCCCUGGAAAAAGGAUUCAACGAAUAUGAUUUCAUAAUCGUUGGUGCUGGCUCAGCUGGUUCAGUUCUCGCAAGUCGUCUCAGUGAGAACCCUGAUUGGAAAAUUCUACUUCUGGAAGCAGGGGGUGAUCCACCACCAGAAACUGCUAUUCCAGGUCUUUGGGGUGACCUACAAAUGUCUGAAUAUGAUUGGCAAUAUGACGUUGAAUUAGCGUACAACUCCAGUAUUGUACGAGGUUAUUGGGCCAGAGGGAAAUUGCUAGGAGGUUCCUCAUCAAUUAAUGGAAUGAUGUACAUCAGAGGUACAGCUGAAGAUUACAACCACUGGGAAUAUUUAGGCAAUCCAAAUUGGGGUUGGGAAGAUGUUCUUCACUAUUUUAAGAAAUCAGAAGCAAAUCAAAACCGGAUGAUUAACCUUUACGAAUAUUAUCAUGGAAAGGAUGGACCAAUGUCCGUGGAGUACUUUAACAGUGCUUUACCAAUUAAUAGGGAAAUUGUCCAAGCUGCAGAUGAACUAGGAUAUGAAUUUCUCUAUGACGUAAAUGGUGAUAAACAAUUAGGAUUCGGUUAUACUCAAGGAACUAAGCGAGGAGGAAUGAGAGAUAGUACGGCAACGGCUUUUUUAGUUCCUGCAAAAGAACGACCGAAUCUUCAUAUAGUUAAGCAAGCUCAUGUCACAAAACUAGACAUUAAUGCUGACGGAGAAAUUUUCGGAGUCAACAUGAUCCUUCGUGGGGAUCAAGAAUUGAAAGCUUAUGCCAAAAAAGAAGUAAUCCUCAGUGCAGGAGCUCUCAAUUCUCCACAGAUUCUCAUGCUCUCUGGAAUUGGUCCAGCAGAUCAUCUUAAGGAAUUCGAAAUUCCAGUUAUUAAGGAUCUACCAGUUGGUCAGAAUUUUCAUGAUCAUCCUUCAAUACUACUAUUCUUCACACUCGAUGCGUCAAGAGACACCUCAGCAUCAACCAUUGAAACAGCCCAAAGUUAUUUACAGUAUUUAACUGAUCGACAAGGACCUCUGGCUAAUCUCGGAUCACUACAAACUAUUGGUCGUGUCAAUGUUCAUGACCAUUUUGCUUUGAAUCCAAACUUCCAGUAUAACUUUGCAGAAUUCCAAAAAGGUUACUCAGAAAAUUUGCGUACUACAUUGACAAAGAGUGGAAUAAAAGAACCACUCGUUGAAUACUUGGUGUCUAAAAUUGAAACAUCCGAUGUAAUGAUAGUUUACAUAACGUACUUUGAAGAAAAAUCAAGAGGACAAAUUCUACUGCGUAGUACCGAUCCCUUGGAUAAGCCACGAAUUAUCCCCAACUACUUAUCUUGGCAUGAAGAUAUUGAAGCAUUCAUUAAAGCCAUACGUUUAUACUUGAACUUUUUAAACACAAGAGCCUUUAAGAAGCGCAAUGCUGAAUUGUUGGAUAUUCCUAUUGAAGAAUGCAGUUCAUUAGAAUUUAAAAGUUCCGAUUACUGGGAGUGCUACUGCCGUGCGAUCGUAGGAACUACAGUAUUCCACACAACAGGAACUACAAGGAUGGGUGCUCUAUCCGAUCCUGAUGUUGUUGUUGAUCCUGAACUAAGAGUUAAGGGAACUAAAGGUUUGAGGGUAAUUGAUGCGAGUAUAAUGCCUCUGACUCCUAGAGGACAUACUAAUGCCCCAACAAUUAUGAUUGGAGAGAAAGGGGCUGAUAUUAUAAAGAAUCAUUAUGGUUUUAUUGAUGAAGUAGGUCCUAAGCACUAGUUUGCAAAGGGCAUAAUAAAAUUUUAUUCUAUUCCAUUCUAUAGAUUAAGUAACAUAAGUAAUAAAGUCAAUGUCAAGGCCUAUAGCACAGCUUGAAAAAGAUAGGAUUUUUUGAGUUUCUUUAAAAAUAUUUAAAAGAAAUAAACAAUGUAGUAUUUAUAGUAUCUUUUUAUUUUGAAAUAAAAUAUCCAGUAAAAAAA